AGAAUUCAGAAGCGAGUGGACUCGCAAGCCAAACGGACGUGUACGUCCACGUUUGUUGGGUGUGCCACCGUUGCCUGUGUUUUUCUUUUUUCUUGGAGUUGUUUUUUUGCGUCGGCUGGGGCUGCUUUGGACGCCAUCACUGUUUAUCGAGAUUCGUCACCUUCCUCGGCUGAGUGUGUGAUCAGUCUAGUUGUGUGGCUUAAUCGACAACUUGCAUCUGGAAAGUGAAGCAAAGAUUGUGUGAGUGACCAUUGGAUUGUUUCCUCUUUGCACGUUGGCUUUUUGUGGGCCGAAUCGAUCGAUCGGUGGGUGGCGUCGUCGGGCGGGCGGAGCCACUCGGUGUGUCUAUGGCGAUGGCUUCUAACGAUCUCUCUGGGACUCUUUGAGAUAAGGGAGCCACAGAGAAAGGACUUACUUCGGUGACCUAAUGAAAUUUUCGGCUAUAACCUCCUCCGCCGCGCCUACUACUCUACGACGCCAACGCCCUCUGAUCUGACGACGCAUCAGACCCGCCCGGCCUGUUAUUACCGGUCUCUCGGGUAAAGGUGCCAUGGGCUGGUGAACGAGGUUAUACACAUACACACAUACACACAUAUACACACACAGGAAAAUAAAGAAAAUAUCAGGAUGGACUUCCGGAUCGGCCGAACGGUCGUUUCUCCCUCAUCAUCUUCUUCAUCCGGAUUGCUUUACCCUCCGGCUCCACCGCACAGUUUGACGCCGACGCCCAUCUUCUAUUACCCAGGUUUACCACUGAAAAUUCCGCCCUCCCCACAUUCUUCGCCUUUGGUGCCUCCAUCAGGACUCAAUGGCAACUAUCACAGAUCGACCAGUUGUACCACUUCUAGUUUGAUGAUGAGGAGUACGGCAACUGUGCAGCCCUCGGCGUUGCAUCCGCCCGUACCUCAAUCGUCGCCUCAUCUACAUCGGGUCCCACCUGGUUCAUCGACAGUGGUGUCUCCUCCAUCAAGCGGAACGUCGGCACGCCAUCAACACAACGGUGGCUCGAGUAACAAUAGCAAUUCGAGCAGUAGCAGUAGCAACAGCAGUAGUAGCAGUUUUGCGGCCGCCUUACGUCAUUUGGCCAAACAGGCCGGCGGACCGACGCAGUCAACCAUUCAUGUCGAUCAAGAAGCCGAAAGCAGUCCUAACCGAUCCAACUACGGCGGAGGAACACAUGGAUAUGCCCACACCUACAAUGGCGACACAGUAUCUAAAUCUCCCAGUCCGUCUUUUCAUUACCGUUCAACACCGAAAAGGGAUUCCGGCCACACCAAAAGUCGAAGAGAUGAUCAUCCACAUACCAUCGUCACGACCAGAUCUCGUUCUCCUCCAGUCGUCACGAUUGCUCCAACUCUUAGCCUAUCCAAUCUGCAGUAUCAGGAUCCGAGAAAAGCUUACGAUCGGGCAAUGUUAUGCCAUACAGUGCCAUCUAGCGGCGGGUUUAACGGCGGAUUGAGUACGGGUUUGGCUGGAUUGCACGGCCUUCCUCCAAUGGUGGGAAAUGCCAGCCCGUUUACUGCUCCGCCAAUGAUGGCUACCAGCAGUUCACAGGCCUCAUCAAACAACGACUACGCUCGCACAUCUGAAAUCCCUGGAUUUAGUCAUCCGAUGCCUCCUUACACCCCAUUUCCAACGUCAAGGCCCGACGACCUAUUUUACGGUGGACUACGUUCAUCUAUGCAGCAAUCAGCCUCGGCUGCUGCCACCACGCAUUUUCGCCCGGAAGAAAGUCGUAGUGUACCAAUGAGCAUCAAUAAUUCCUACCAUGAAAGUCUAUUGAGCCAGCUUCCGGCAUCCAGAGCGCCUUCCACCCUACUCUCCCAGAAUCAAGAAGAUUACUUAUUAGCAGCUCGUAAUUCCGGCUUCAAUCCAUAUGCCAUUGCUUCUUCUGGGCCUUUAGAUCAUUCCAGCUUGCAUCCAAGCAUGUACUCGCAUCCUUUCGCUUCCUACCGAUCACUGGAAGAACAGUUGUACAUGGAACGAUACGGUCUCUUAAGGCCUGGAACAUCCAGCUCAGCUCUAUCUUCAGCCAUUCCGUCGUAUCCACCAUCGCUAGGUUUUCCUUCCUACCUUAAUUUUCGCUAUCCAUCUCCGAACCUGCUCCACCCUGAUUUGGGCCUCAUGAACAAUGGCAUGGAUAUAAACAGGAUGAAAUUAGAGGAAGAACAACGUGUUAAAGAACGGAUCCGAGAAGAAGAAUUCGCUGCAGCAGCAGCCGCCAAUAAAUCACAAGAGAACGUUGUUUCCAACCGACCGCUGGCGACUGUAACUCCAAGAGAAAACAACACGACCAAUCAGGAUCGCAGGGAGCGCGAGCGCCAACGAGAAAAGCGGAGAUCUGAAAGAGAUAAUGAAUCCAACAGAAACGCUACAGUCCAACUACCUAACGAGUCCUCUUCCGACCGAGGAGUCAAAGUUCACACCGUAUCUCCUCUUUACGCAUCUUAUCCAGUGAUGGCAGAAAGCUGUAGCAACGCAGCUGAAGUAUCGUCAGCACCAGAGGCCUCCAUAAGUCCUAAUCCGCCCACGGAAGAGGAGAAACGAACUACGGAAUUUUCACGGGAUGCCCUAGAGGCAAUGGCUGCCUUGAAACAACGUACCUUAUCACCGGCUCCGCCUGAAGAAGAACCUACAAAAUUAGAAGAAGAAGUGACAGUUCCACUCGAUCUGUCGGACACAUCUGUGGGUUGUAUUAGCCCGUUGAAAGUAAACAACGUGGAAAUUUCCCAUAGUAAAACACAAUCAGAAGAAUCGCCUGUGCGAAGUUUACUUGAUAUUCGAGUGGAGCGAUGGAACAGAAAACGUCAAAGCAGCGAUCCCGGAGAAGAAGAAAUCGAUGAUGAUCUAGAAGACGAAAUGGGACUCGGAGCAUCCGAAUGUUUAGCAUCUUUGAGCGUCGAGCAGUGCCUAAAAAAUUAUCCAAUCCCGGCCGGAGUCUCCGAAGAACAACAUCAUUUCCUCCACAUGUUUGGGCUCAUUACACCGAAGAAACGUAGCGAGUUUGAACUGGUCAAAUGCAUCCGGCGGCAAAACAUCUUACGUGAACCGACGCCUCCACCCAUAGACACCGAAGACGAAGACAGCGCUACCAGUCUCUUAAGGCAGCGGACGCGUUUCGCGGCUACGUUGGUACGGCCCAUCGUCGAAUCGCAAGUCAAGGACCCAGCCAUCAGGAAUUUUGCUGCCAACCUGCAUCUUUAUCCAACCGAUUCACAAACAGCAGAAAGUGUUGAAAAGUCGUGGAGCAUGGUGGUAGCCGACAGGAUGAAACGCCAUUUUGGUCAAAAACAAAAUGUCCGAAAGAGAUUGUGGAGUGAUACUUUCCGGCCACAAAAUUUCGGCUCCAUGCCUCCGCCGAUGAAUGGGAAAACGAGUGAUCAAGCGAUUGAUCGGACGAUAGGAGAAACUGGAGAAAUGAAAUCAGUGCCAAUUCUUCCCUUACAGCCGCCAACCACGUUAAGCAAACCAUUGAUAAGCGUGGCCAAUUUAGCCAAGUUGGAAUUGUCAGAUGCCGGUUGCAAAACGACGGAACGAUCGAAUGAGGUGUCAAAAUUGACUUCAGAAGUCGCCUUCUGGUUGCGUCACCUUAAGCCGACGAUGGCACGAACCUUGACAUCGUCAUCCAUCAAGGAGAAUACAUCAGAUUCUACGAAAUCUGACGAAGGAUCUUCAAAUGAAAAUAGCGACGGAGAACUGCCCACGCGUUGGCCAGGUACAGAUUCUAUUAUGGUUCUGUACAUGGCUCAUCAGCAAGAUUUGCUAGUGGAAACAAAAUUUCUUCGAGAGCAUUGCGAGCGAUUGCACGUCCAAUUGGCUGAAGGCCAGGCUACAUUGAGCAAAUUAUGUCUGGCACUGAGCUCUUCAGUGGAGGUGCAACGACGAUGCAAAGAGGAGGAUACAUCUACCUUGCAAUCCAUCAACGAUCUUCAAUCCACCCUGAAAAUGUUGCAAUCUCCUUGAUCAUCUCUUUUCUUGGGGAAUCGUUAGUAAAAAUUUACUGUUAGUUUGUAAAUAGUGAGUAAAAAGAGGCAUCGUCAUAUCAGCUGAUGGUAUUAGGUGCAACUACCAGUCGAUUUUUUAAUCACAAAUUGUAAAUAUCUCGCCAAGGUGUGUCAACACUUUACCCACUGUUUGUUAAUUGUGUCUAGCGCUCGUUCAACUGCCGACUAAAGCAAGCAAUAAACCCUUGCGAAAAAACAUGA